CAUUAUUUUCUUCAAUUGAGCCAGUUCCUCUUGCUGCUUGGUGGCAUCGGCACGACGGGAGCGAUCAACUGUAACCGUUGUUUCUGCGCUCAAGAUGUUGCUACCGGUGAUCAGAAUGUUCUUUGUCUUGGAAUUCCGUUCACAGAAAUCAAGACAAUUUUCUCUGGAAACACUGGAUUUACCAAUAUAAAUCGGUUCGAUGUCGUCCCAGAAGUGGGUGAUUCCAUAAUCCCAGCGAAUUUGCUGGGCAACCAUCGUGCACGGAUCAUUAACCUAGCCAGUUGCGGAAUAAAUCCAAUGGAAAUCGAUCCUGAUUCAUUUAAGGCAUCAGCCAGAACGACAACAGAAUUUAUCAGCUAUGAUUGCGACGUUGGCAAGUUGACGUGGUCUUUUCUCAACGGAUUCUUUCGUUUAAAUUUCCUACAACUGGAAGGUGCCACGAAAAUUCAAUCAUUAGGAUCUCUUCCAUCACUUCCCAGCGUCCAACGGCUCACUAUUACCAACUGCCAAGGUUUUACGCCUCUCACUUUCCCAGGGACAUCGUUGACUGGAUUGCAAACUCUCAUCAUUACCGAGAAUGACGCAGAACUGACGAACGAAAAGCUUGAUUCCAUCCUGACUACAUUGGUUAAUGCCAAAAGUUUGCAACUGUUAACAUUGAACAAUAAUCCGAGUAUCAGCCGCAUUCCGACCGCAUUGUCUGUGCUGUCCGCUUUACAUUCGCUCGAUAUUUCAUUGUGUCCGAUAACGACAGUGUCAUCCAGUUCCCUUUCCUUCUCCGCUCCAGCCGUCAAAGCCCUGAACCUCGAAAAGACUUCUUUAUCGAUCAUCGUUGAAAAUACAUUUAACAAUAGAUAUUACGGGAACGCAAAAGUCCUACUCGACGACAACAAGUUACAAGAUUUCCGUUCAUCCAUCUACUUAAAAAUCUUGAUGGACAUGAAGACUGCAACGGUCGGAGAGAGUGGCAGUCUCUCAGUCACUAACAAUCCAAUCAACUGCGGUAAUUGUCAACUGGCCUGGCUCGUUCGCGACACUCGUGAAUUGCUUCCCUUCGUUAACGGUACUUGCUCUAACGGGACGAAUUUUAGGGAUCUCAAUCCUAGGUGGUACGACGACCAAUCUUGCGAUACCCUCACUACCACACCAUUACCGACAACGCUGACGUCGACUGUUGCGUCCAUCGAAACAACAUCUACUGCUGCAUCCAUCGAACCAACAUCUACUGCCUCGUCCAUCGAACCAACAUCUACUGCUGCGUCCAUCGGACCAACAUCUACUGCUUCGUCCAUCGGACGAACAUCUACUGCUUCAUCCAUCGAAACAACAUCUACUGCUGCGUCCGUUGAACCAACAUCUACCAUGACUACUGAAUUGCCAACAUCCGUUACAACACAGUCGACGAUAGGGGUUCAGACAACAAAGACGACGAGCAAACCUACAAGGGGGACAACCACGCUAUCGAUUUCGUCGACUGGGUCCGGAUCCACCAACACUUCUACACAAGCCCCACCAGUUGCACAGAGCUACGACACGUUCUUUUACAUUUUCUAUGGCAUCUUGGGUGGUAUUGGCUUGAUUUUAGUCAUCGGUUUCGUCUAUCUAGGCUGCAUUCUCGCCAGGAGACGAAAGGCAAGUGCACGAAGUAGCGACGUCUCUUCUCGCAACUCUUCAAUCGCUCCCGAGUUCCAUCCCGUUCCGGCACCUUUCAAUGAUUUUCCACAUGUUCCGGAGACUCGAGCUGUAGAUCAUCGUGCCCCGUAUGUCCGGAUGGAUAAUCCCGUUCCACCACGUAUCGCCUCCAAUAACUUUGACCAACAUCCCACUGGAAAACAGUAUAAUACAGCUACAACUACCAUUAUCACGCCCUAUCGGCAACCAUCGUCUGCGCGGCAACCCCAAGCAGCCGCACCAAGUGGUCGAGUACGGGGACUGAAACGCGUUGGGUUUUAAUUCCACUUCCUACGCAGCUGGCAAGAGAAUAAAUAAAGUAAAUGAUAUGUAAACACGUCACGAACACAAUUAAAAAAUUAGCCCCCCCCUUCUGACCUUUGGGUAACAAACGAAGCAAUAAUAAAAACAUUUGACAUUC